AUGAAACCAACAAGUGCGGUGCUCAAAGCUGCUAUUAAUACCCCUAAACCUGAAGUAGUGCGGUACACAUUUCAGGAUAUUUCCUCGAUAAGUCACAAGGACCUUCCUAAUAACGGAUUUGGCAAAAAAAAUUACUAUAUUCCACAAACCAAGUUCCACCAUUGGCCCGUUUAUAAGAAGGUACAGAAUACGAAGAUAACGACGGAGAUUAAGCGUAUACAAGGAGAUUUGCACAAACUUAGAGAUGAUUUGUUGAAAUUCCAGCCUGGUUUGCGCAUAACAAUGAACCAAACUGCUGGGAUACUUAACAUCAAAGGCGAUGUAGUACGAGAUAUUACUAGCUUUUUGGAGAGUGAAACCAAGAAAUGA